AUGUCUGAAAAGAACGAUGAGAACACCCACUCCAACGUAGCUGAAGAGAACAAGAACGUCUAUUUUGAUGUGUAUGCAAACGAGGAGAGGCUCGGGAGGAUUGUGAUGAAGCUCUUUGACGAUGUUGUUCCAAGAACAGCAAGAAACUUUAGGGAGCUCUGCAAAAGGCCUGAGAGAGCAGGAUAUAAGGGAUCCAUUUUCCAUAGGAUAAUUCCUGGGUUUAUGGUCCAGGGUGGGGACUACACUGCACAUAAUGGGACUGGAGGGGAAAGUAUCUAUGGAGACCGAUUUGAUGAUGAAAACUUCAACCUGAAACACUCGAAAGAAGGCAUACUUUCCAUGGCAAAUUGUGGAAAGCAUACAAACGGGUCUCAGUUCUUCAUAACCCUUGAGAAGACCCCAUGGCUUGAUGGAAAGCAUGUCGUCUUUGGCGAAGUAAUUGAGGGGAUGAGCGUUGUGCACAGAAUAGCCAAGUACGGAAGCCAAAAUGGGCAAGUGGCAAGGGGAUACAAGGUUGAAAUAAGAGACUGUGGCAUCCUCGAAACUAAUUAA